AUGAGAAGAGGAAGACAAUCCUUUAUCAACAGGUUCAUGGGUGAGGAUGACCAUGAUAUCGCUGCUGAUUCGGUAAAUAACAAUGAUGCUAAUUAAAGUCCUUAAUAAGAAUACUCCCAGAUGCUCUCCCAAUCGUAAAUUAGAGCUAAUCAUUCUUUUAUUUCUCACAAUCCAUACAAUCAUAAUCUGAGUUAAAGUAAUAAUAGUGGUGAUCAAAGAUCAUCAAGUGAUAAUACAAAUGGAUAGACUUCAGAUAAUUUAACAAAUAUAUUUGUAAGGGAUAAUACCUAUACGCAGGGAAUGCUUAGGUAAGGUUCAUUCGGAAAUACAGGCUAGAAUAAUGUGAAUUCUGCUGCUGAUAAUAGUCCACUCCUGCAAUUAUAAUAAUAGAAUAAUAAUUUCUUGAACUCAAUCGGUCAAAAUAACAACAACAUAAACAACCCCAGUAAUCUCCCAAGUCCCAUGCUAACCAAUUAAUUAAAUCAAAGAUCAUAUGGGAGGGUCAGUACCUCAGAAUUCUCUAGUGAAGCUAGCAGAAUGAGUGAUGGCUACAAAGAAUACUGGUCAGAGGAUAGCAGUGGAGGCGUUGUGGACCUUGAAAGAAAUUAAUACGAUAACCGUAACUCAAACAUUAGGUAAUAAAGACGCUUAUAAUAAGCUUCAGAUAGAAAUUUUGUUGAAAGCUUAGUAGAUGACAUUCUUGCCAGAAAUCAUCAAUUCAAUUAACUUCAAGCAGCUUACAACAUUGCCAAUCAUUCAAUCAAUUAAAGUCGUAGCUCUACUGAUGAAAUCUUUGGGAAUUUCCAUCCAAAUAAUUUGAGGGAUACAUUUGACUUGAUUGAAAGGUAAAGAGAGGCAGCAGUAGCUCUUGAUUAGGCGAAUGAAAAUAACUCAGUUUCAUCAUAGGGAACAGCUAGAAAUUUAAGAGCCUAUCAACCUCUAAAUCCAGGAAGAUUAUAUGAGUAUUAGUCCUCACACACAGACAGAGAUCAUGAUGAUGGAGAUGAUGAAGAUGAGUAUUACUAUGAGGAGGAUAGACAUCAUGAUGAAAUGAGUGAUGGAGUUACUUUUAAUCGAUUUGAACAAGAGCCUGAUUAUAUAGGUUAAAUUAAUGAGGAGGAUAUGGAAAACGAAUCAGAUGGUAAUUCUAAUAAUAAUGGUGGAAACAACUAAUCUCCCUUGCAACUAUUUAGAUCAAGAGAAGAUGAGGAUGAAGACAUUGAAGACGAUUAUGAAGAAUACAAAAGUGAAGAAACGGAGUUGGAGCGUUACUUAAGAGAUGUGAAUGGCUAGGCCAGAGCUAGAACUGCUCCUCUUAAGCCUCAAAUGCAUGUAGAGUAGCUCAAAAUGACGCCAGGAUUCUCUAAACUGGAAUAGGCUGCAGUUUGCGCAGUCUAAUUAGUCCAAAGAAGCGACUUAAAAUUUGACCUUGAUUCUUAUGAAGGUUAAAAUUCAUGUAAAAAAUUCCUGAAUCACAUUGAGUAACUUUGUGAGAGCGUCGAAGUUAAAUGCAGCAACAGGUCUUAUCGAAAAAAAUUUAGUAACGCUUACAAAGUCCUUUAUAAAGAGGGCAAGCUUUGCUACCUCACAGAAAUUCUUGAUUCUGCGCAGGAAGUUGACAUUAUAAAUGAAGUUAGAGAAUCACUGGAAGAAUUUGAUGUGAAUUGGGUUACAUACGAGUAGCUAUAUGUAAUUGAGCUAAUGCUAAUUGAGUCUGAUGCCCGAAGAUUCAUAACUGAAGCCAUAGAAAUCGAAAAGGAAAUCACUAGUGCCGAGGUUAGAGAGAGAGCUAAAGGGAAAAUCAUGGUAGACUGCCCUGACUAUCAGAAGAACAGAGGAAAACUGGUUGAGAUAAUUAAUAAAAUAAAUGCUGUCGCUAAUCCAGAGGGUAAAGGCAGGGAUGACCUAUAAUCUGAGAUUCUAUUCUAGGCUGAAGGUAUUUGUAGAAGAGUUUCUUCUAGUUAGUCUAAGGCCGUCAGAAAAUUAGCAGAGGCUAUUAGGAAAUCCUUUAUGGGUAUUAGGCAGCUGCUAAGGAAAUAUGAGGAGAAUAUAGAAGGAGUAGAUCCGUAACUGAAAAAUAAUGCUGACUUGGUGGCAGCACUAGUAGAAUUUGAGCAAUCUUGGGAAAAAGGUAAAACCUACUUUGUGGACAAUCAGAAAUGUUCGUAACUUAUACACUUCACCAGCAUGAUUGAAGGAACUGCUGAGAAAUACAAAAGUUUCCAAGAAUAAAUAGAAGACAGAGAUACUGUAAUAUUCGUUACAAUUCCUGCUCUGCUAAUCUUGAAGAAUUUGGAUGAGGACGACAAGGGUAUAUGCAAAAUGUUCUUUCCUCCGAUGUUUUCCGAUGACAGUCCAUCACCCUCUAAAGAUAAAGAUAAAGAGCCACCAGAAGAAGCUAAAGAAGCUUAGAGGCAUAGCGUUGGCGGGACUACCACUCAUUAGAAAUAUCAAAUACUUAAAAAUGACUAUGUGAAAUUGAGGGUUAAAUCUAAAAACACCUACGAUUUCUACAAUAUAGUUGAGAAGGCCGUUCUAGAAAUGGAAGGGGAAGAGUCCAAUCGAAUAAAUGAAGACUAACUCAAAGAAAACGGGAUGUGCAGAGAUGAUCUGCAAAAAAUAGUCUAAUAAAUUAGAAUUCUCUCAAUGUAGUUAUAGAGGCAUAAGCCAGCAGACUGGAACGAGUUUCUUGAUGUUGCUCUCGAUAAUUGA